GCGACGAUAUUUUAUUUCUACUGCACGUUGCUGGCUCGCGGAAUCUGCGUCGCCGCUGAUUUUACGUAUUGCGGGGUUCAUUGUUUCGUGAUUGUUGUGCCCAGCGUGCCGGUCGUGCCGGCUUUUGACUUCUUGACUAGGCAACGAACGAACAAAGAGCUUCAUAAUGAACAACGUUGAUUUCGAUGAAGACAGCGAUUCCAGUGACGAAGAUUAUGUCCCUGGAGCAGGCGCAGCUUCUGGUGACAUUCCCUCUGAAGUAGACUCUGAUGGUGAUGCAGAAGAUCCUCUCUCUGAUGCGGAGGAAACGGGUGAUACCAAGAGGACAAAACGCCGGAAAACAAGCAAGAAAAAAAGCGCUAAAAAUGGAGAUACUUCUGAAACAAAUGAUAAGACUUUAACUGAAGAAACUGCAAAUAAAACAACAGAGGAAGUCCAAGAAGAAAAGAAGAAACAUGCUGAUGAUCUCUGGGCAAGCUUUAAAAGAGAUACUGGAUUUAAAAAGAAGUCUACAGUAACAGAUUCUAAUUCAAAAAAUACUUCUACUAAUACUAGUAAUUCAACCACCACAACUAAACCUCAAGAAGUUUCUAAACCAAAACAACCUGAUACUGUAAAAAUUACUCAAAUAUUUGAAUUUGCUGGUGAGCAAGUCAAAGUGGAGAAGGAAGUAAAAGCUGAUUCUGCUGAAGCAAGACUGAGCUUACCAAACAGCACUGCUUCAGCAUCCACUCCACCUCAACUAGGACCUAAAAGAAAAUCAGUUGGUUUGGGUGGAAUUGGUUCAGUAUUAAGUCAAAUAAACAAAAAGCAAAAACUCAGUGUAUUGGAAAAGACAAAGUUAGAUUGGAAUCAGUAUAAACAAAAAGAGCAGAUAGAAGAUGAGUUAGAGUCUUACAAAAAAGGAAAAGACGGCUACUUGGAGAAGCAGGACUUUUUGCAGAGAGCUGAUUUGAGACAGUUUGAAAUUGAAAAGGAAGUUAGAGCAGUAGAAAGGAGCAAGAGGAUGAAUAAUGCUCCAUGAAUUAAAUAAGCCAUCCUAAGUAAUUUUACUUUAACUAAAUUUAUUGUGACAAUGAUGAUUUUCAUUCCAACAAAGUAUUUUAAUUUAUCA